GCGGAGCUGCGGUCCGGUUUGUGGCUGCGUUUCCGUGUCCAGCGGCAGGGCGGGCGAGCGAGUGACUGAGGGAGGCGGACAGGCCAGGUCGGGCCGAAGAACCAACGGGCCAGGGCCGAGCGCAAGGAGCCUCGGCAGAAGGCGAGCGGCCGGAGCCCAGGAGGGCUAAGAGCAGCGCGCCGCAGCGCAGCGCCCCGCCCCGCCCCUCAGCCCCGCGGCCUGAGCGCUGCUGCCGGCCGCUCUGACAUGUGACGCGGGGCAGCGGCAUCAUGAAGAAGUUCAACAUCAGGAAGGUGCUGGACGGCCUGACGGCGGCGGCGGUCGCCUCGUCGUCCUCCUCCUCGUCAUCGCAACCCGGUCAGCGGGCCCCCGACAGUGACAUCGUCGAGAGCCUCUGCUCUGAGCACUUCCAGCUCUGCAAAACUGUUCGUCAUGGAUUUCCGUAUCAGCCUUCAGCCAUGGCUUUCGAUCCGGUGCAAAAAAUCCUGGCAAUUGGAACCCAAUCCGGAUCAUUAAGACUCUUUGGAAGGCCAGGGGUGGAGUGUUACUGCCAGCAUGACAGUUCUGCAGGAGUGAUCCAACUGCAGUUCUUGAUUAAUGAGGGAGCCCUUGUGAGUGCCUUGGCAGAUGAUACUUUACAUCUCUGGAAUCUGCGUCAGAAAAGGCCUGCCAUACUCCAUUCUCUUAAAUUUAACAAAGAAAGGAUAACAUUUUGCCAUCUGCCCUUCCAGAGUAAAUGGUUAUACGUCGGCACAGAAAGAGGGAAUGUACAUAUCGUUAAUGUGGAGUCCUUCACACUCUCAGGCUAUGUCAUUAUGUGGAAUAAAGCCAUUGAAUUAUCAUCAAAAACCCACCCGGGACUCAUUGUUCACAUCAGUGACAACCCAAUGGAUGAAGGCAAGCUUUUAAUUGGUUUUGAAUCUGGAACGUUGGUAUUAUGGGACCUCAAAUCAAAAAAAGGAGAGUACAGAUACAGCUAUGAUGAGGCUAUCCAUUCCGUGGCUUGGCAUCAUGAAGGAAAACAAUUUGUUUGUAGCCAUUCAGAUGGCAGCCUUACUGUUUGGAAUGUAAAAUCCCCCAUUAAACCUGCACAAAUUAUUACACCACACGCAAAGCAGCCAAAAGAUGGAAAGAAGCCAGAACCCUGCAAACCCAUCCUGAAAGUGGAAUAUAAAACUUGUAAAUCUGGAGACCCUUUCAUCAUUUUUUCUGGAGGACUGUCCUAUGACACUGUAGGUAGAAGACCAUGUUUGACAGUAAUGCACGGAAAAAGUACUGCUGUACUUGAAAUGGACUACCCAAUCGUUGACUUUCUUACCCUUUGUGAAACGCCAUAUCCGAGUGAUUUUCAGGAUCCAUACGCAGUUGUCGUUCUUCUGGAAAAAGACUUGGUAGUAGUAGAUUUAGGACAAAAUGGUUACCCUAUAUUUGAGAACCCUUACCCUUUGGAUAUACAUGAAUCGCCUGUCACCUGCUGCGAAUAUUUUGCUGACUGCCCUGUUGACCUAAUUCCUGCACUUUAUUCUGUAGGGGCAAAGCAGAAGCGGCAAGGAUAUAGUAAAAAGGAGUGGCCGAUUAAUGGAGGUAAUUGGGGUUUGGGCACUCAGAGCUACCCAGAGAUAAUUAUUACAGGGCAUGCAGAUGGAUCACUGAAGUUCUGGGAUGCUUCAGCCAUAACGUUACAAGUUUUGUACAAGAUGAAGACAUCCAAAGUAUUUGAAAAAUCUCGAAAUAAGGAGGACAAACCAUACACAGAUAUAGUGGAUGAAGAUCCGUAUGCCAUUCAGAUAAUCUCAUGGUGUCCUGAAAGCAGAAUGUUGUGUGUGGCGGGAGUAUCAGCUCAUGUAAUUGUUUACAAAUUCAGCAAACAAGAAGUGACAACAGAUAUUAUCCAGAUGCUUGAAAUUCGAUUACAUUAUGAAAUUAAUGAUCUUGAGUCACCGGAGACUGAUCAAACACCAUCAGUGGGAAUUUCAUGCCCGGGGUCAAAUUCCCAGACUACAAACUCUCAGUCUCACCCUUCCACAAGCAGCACCUCAUCAGAUGGCCUCCGCGAUAAUGUGCCCUGUCUGAAAAUUAGAAGUACUCCAUUAAAACAAGGGGCAGGCUACCAGGCUGAAGUAGUCAUUCAGUUGGUUUGGGUAAACGGCGAGCCUCCACAGCAGAUAACCAGCCUAGCAGUCAAUUCAUCAUAUGGACUUUUGGUGUUUGGGAACUGUAAUGGUAUUGCAAUGGUUGAUUACAUUCAGAAGACUGUACUUUUAAACCUGGGCACAAUUGAACUCUAUGGUUCGAAUGAUCCUUAUCAGAGGCAACCAAAGUCCCCCCGCAAAACCCGGCAGGCCUCAGGAGGCAUGCUGACGGUGACUUCUUGCAUGUGUGGUCUUUCUAGUUUAUAUUCUGAGUCUGUGAAAAGACUUCGUUCUUCAUAUCUAAGUCUCUGUGAUAUCAACGAGAGUUCCACAGCUAUGGAUGACCGCUGCAAGUCUCCCACAUCAGGUUCUCCCUCUUCAUGCAAUUCUGAAGAUGAACAGAAAUUAUCUAACUUUAUAGAAAGGGUGAAAAACAAAAGCAGAAAAUUGUCCAAGAUCAUAGUAUCUGACAUAGCGAAGGUGUCAAGAAAACUAAGCUUGCCAACUGACCUGAAGCCUGAUUUAGAUGUGAGAGACAACUCUUUCAGCCGUUCCCGUAGUUCCAGUGUUACCAGCAUUGACAAGGAGUCCCGAGAGGCCAUCACUGCUCUUCAUUUCUCUGAGACUUAUACCCGAAAGGCAGAUACGUGCACCUCACCAUGUUUGUGGGUUGGGACGACACUUGGCACAGUACUGGUCAUAGUGCUGAAUCUCCCACCUGGAGGAGAACAAAGGCUUACCCAGCCAGUCAUCGUGUCUCCAAGUGGGACUAUCUUAAGACUAAAAGGAGCAAUUUUGCGAAUGGCAUUCUUGGACACCACAGGAAGCCUCAUUCAUCCAGCACAUGAACCUUGGAAAGAACCAAAUGUUCAGGAAGAGAAAGAUGAGAGAGAUAAAUGUAGGAAACUGAGACCUGUAUCUGUCUCCCCAUCAUCCUCUCAGGAGAUAUGUGAAACCCAAUAUGCAGUGAUAUGUUCAGAAAAGCAGGCAAAGGUUAUCUCACUGCCAUCCCAAAACUGUGUUUAUAAACACAACAUAACUGAAACAUCGUUUGUUCUUCGAGGUGAUAUUGUGGGACUGAAUGGGAGCAUCUGCCUUGCAUGUUUCUGUGCCAAUGGGCAUAUCAUGACAUUCAGCUUGCCGAGUCUUAGGCCACUGCUGGAUGUCAAUUAUUUGCCACUGACUGAUAUGCGAAUAGCUCGUACUUUCUGUUUCACCAAUAAUGGGCAAGCUCUGUAUUUGGUUUCCCCCACUGAGAUCCAACGUAUCACCUACAGUCAAGGAACAUGUGAGAAUUUACAGGAAAUGCUGGGAGAGCUUUUUACUCCUGUGGAAACACCUGAGGCUCCCAACAGGGGGUUCUUUAAAGGGUUGUUUGGUGGUGGUGCCCAGUCACUGGACAGGGAAGAACUUUUUGGUGAAUCUGCAGCAGGGAAAGCCUCAAGGAGCCUGGCUCAGCACAUUCCAGGGACUGGUGGAAUUGAAGGGGUCAAAGGAGCAGCAUCUGGUGUUGCGGGAGAGUUGGCUCGGGCCAGGAUAGCACUUGAUGAAAGAGGCCAGAAGCUGAGUGAGCUAGAAGAGCGAACGGCAGCCUUGUUAUACAGUGCCGAUACCUUCUCUAAACAUGCUCAUGAGAUGAUGUUAAAGUGCAAAGAUAAGAAGUGGUACCAGUUUUGAACACCUUGAUCCAACAUCAUUUAAAUACUUCAGCUGGAAGGAGGUUAUCCAUAGAUGAUUCUCCCUCUUCAUUUAUUUCUGCAGGACAGGAGGUUCAUCUUUGAGUAUUGCUGUUUCCUAGCACAACUGAUAAACUUUUUCCCUCGGUCACAUUGCUUUAAACUGAGGAGGAAACUGAAAACUUGCAACCUGAAGAUGUUUUCUACUGGAGCUGUGGGUUGGUGCACAGUGUGGGACCUGACCUGAGCAGGGAACAAGGGGCAGUGCUGGGUUUUAUGUCUUAUUUCACACGCCAAAUGUUUUGUGCUGUUGUCUCUGGCAGUGUUUCACCCAUAAAACUAUAAAUGUAAUCCAGAUGCCAGUAAAUGCAAAACAAGAGGAUAAAUACGUGUAGCAAAGUAUUGCAUUGAAAAUCCAAACAAUGAUUUACUUCUGGUUCAAGAAAUUAAUUUGCACAUUAUUAGUUCGGUGUACUGAGCUUGGUGAUAACAGUUUGCAGUUUGUGUCUAACUCUGAUCAGAUAAUUCUCAUUUGUGUCUGAUGCUAAUUAGAUAAUGGUGUGUGUCCACUGGCUGGAUACAGUGAGUUUAGGUGAUGUUGUUUCGUAGUUAGUGCUGAUUGAUUGAUACUGGUUUGUCUCUGGCAAUAAUGAAUGAUUUCAUUUUCUGUCUAAUACUGGUUGAAUGAAUAAUGAUUUGAGGUUUGGUUUUGUUUUAAUUGACUAUAGAUGCAGUUCAUUUUUUUUUAAUAAGUAACCUGCCUGUGCAGUUACUCAUUCAAAAAGCAGUUUGUAAUUAGAUUUUAUUAUGUAGCCCCACCUACUAUUGACAAUUGUCAAUAAUGCAAAUCCUUUGAGCUAUAGUAACAACUUUUUAAAAUAAAUUGACCAUCACUGGUUUAGAGUCAUGAAAUAAUUAUACAAAAUAAAUUAAAUCUCAAUUAUAGUAUUAUGGUGCCAGAUUAAAUAUACAUUAUUUAUUGUGCUAAAUCCCAGCCUAGUUAACCAGAUCUUGCUAUAUGAAUUGUUACUGUUUGGUAGUCAAACAUCUGUAGCAUAGUUUGGAGUGCCAUGGAAGUAUUUUUUUACCCUUGUUCUUCAGGGAAUAAAUUGCAGACAACAACAAAUUACUUUCCUGACAAACUAUAUUUGAAACCAAAGGGAAGGAGAGGGCAUGUUGACAUUGUUUAUGGAAUGAGAGAAAGUUGGAUUGGUCUAAUUGUUUGUUGCCAGAAAAUUAGGCUGCAGUGGAAUCUUACGUUUGCUUUUGAAAAAUACCUAGUGCCACUGUAGACAUGGAAUAUCCAACAGAAUUUGGAACUUAUUUUUAUUAAGUAAAGACUAGUUCUGAUUCCUGUUCAGUCACUGUACAUUAUUAGUGUAUUGUCACAUUCCAUGUUGCAGUACAUAAGAUGUAAUACUUUGGGAUUAACCAUAUUUGAAGAUUAAUGGAAUGCACUUGCAAAAGUUGAUUAUAACUGUUUCCCCUUUCUGUUUUUGUACAUUUUUAAAAGUUCACCACCUCCAGUCACUUUGCUUUAGAUGCAGUGCGUGUGUCUGUGUGUGUGUGUGUGUGUGUGUGUGUGUGUUUGUGUGUGUGUGUGUGAGAGAGAGAUGUUUGCAGCCUUUCCUCUUCAUGAUCAUUGCACAUAUUCAACUUGGGUCUUGUGAGAGAAAUUGAAGGCUGAGAAAGAAAGAUGCUGGCUUCCACAGAAACAGCUGUUCAUUUAAUAAUGAAACCUAGACUUGAUAUUGGUGGAGUCCCACUGUCAUAAGUGCCCACACAGUAGAACUAUUCCUCACAAACCUCAGCAGCCACAGAGUCCAGAUCAACGCAGCAAAUUACUAUGCUUUUAAAAUGUAGGCUAUUAGAAAUUCACAGGAGUUUGUUUCAUGAUGAAAUUCUAAUCUGCAAUCAAUAUAAAAUGUUGAUUGCCAAGAGCAUGGUUGUCUUCAAGACAGAAAUGUUUACUUGUGUUAUCAUUGUAGCCAUGCUUUUCAUGUUCAGAUCUUUUGGGGUUUAUUUUGUAUGUCAUUUACAUUCCCUUUUGUUUACAGUGUAUAUUUUUUCUUCGUUUUUAGUAUCUCAUUGAAAUCUGGAGCACCUCUUUUAGAGUGGCUGCUGCCUGGACUGUCCUCUCUCCCCUGAUUAUGAUGGCACAAUGCUCCUAACAAGGGGAGUUGUGCAUGUGCAAGGGUCUUUAUCCUCUUGAUUAGCAUUUCAGGAUUUCUUUAAUGAAACAAAUUUCUUUUCAGCAUAUUUGAAAAUAUAUAAAUAUGAAGUAUAUGUGUUGAGAAAUAUAUUUCCUUAAAUAUGUUUUCAUUGUAGGGUCUGUACUUCAUUUCCUUGAUCUUUUGAUGGAAAUGCACGAAAUUUACUGCUGUUUGUGUGUUACCCGUGAUGUGCAUCAAGUCUCUCUGAGUGUUCUGUUAAAUUAAAAGCUAAUGAAGUUGAAUUUGCUGAGUACUUCUGCCAAAUUGUAAUGUUUUUUCCUGAAAAUUGUUUUUCUAAAAAAAAAUUAAAAUAUCCAAUCUAGC